UUGCCUAGUUAAAAAAAAAACAGGUAAAUAUUGGAAAGACAACUUGAUAAAGCAGGUUGGUUGGAUUAGAUCAAAACUGGUCUGCUGGUUUAUCCUUUCGAGUAAGACCUAGACAACCAGGUAAGGGGAGUUCUUUACUACAUCAUUCCAUAAUCAAAAACACGGGAGGAGCGAAAACCCACAGCCAGUCGACGCUCUGUGGAAUAAAUAGAUCGUUAACUGAACGUAAAGAACAGACAGUGGGGCCAUAGUACCUGACCAGAGCAUUACCAUCCACAUCCAUUUGGGGGCAGAAUUGAGUUGUCAAAAUAUAAUAUAAUGUCGAGGGAAGUAGCCAAUUGACUAUCAUUACUUGCGUAUACGUACAUGCACCACUAUAUGCACCACUAUAGGCUAUUUUAUAGCUCACUGCUCAUCGGACUCAUUUUUAUCUGGGAAUUGCAUUAAAUAAUUUAAACUUUGCAUUAUCAUUGUUUGCCAAAAAUGUAGGGCUGGCCUCCCACCUGGCUAAUUAUUCAACAGGCAAGUUAUCCACAUGUUAAAUGUAAUUGUACUGAGGGAAAAAGCCUGUCCGCAUAACGGCACGGGAUCUAUUAUGUACUAUUUAAUAGGCUCUAGUUUGUAUGGACUGUGACAAGUAUUGCCAUUCUCAUAAAAUUGCCAUUCUCAUGAGAUUUGCAUACGCAUAGUAACUAUUCAGCCAACGCUGCGCUGGAACUCUGGAACUUGUUGCUGUCACUGGGCGGGCCCUAAUGAUGUUGUACGCCUAGACGGGGGGUGUAAUUCAAGUGAAGGAAAAUCGAGUCAAGGGAGUUACCUCAACGGCAAGCUUUCGAGAUAUGAGAUCGGGACAUAUUUCAUGUCCGUCUUUCGCUAAAUUAAAAAAAGAAGUGGAGAAAGAUACAAUUGAGAGUUACACAGCCAACAUUCCGCCUAUCAGCUGGUGGACAAAUGUGACCCCCCCCCCCGUGCAUGCACAAAUUCUCUGUGUUUACAAGUGAUUGAAACCGUGCCAGCGAAGAGGGAAAAAGAUAACCAAGGAGGGAUGGUGGACAAUUCCGGUAGCAGCAAGGCACAAAUGCCCAGCAUGUCACAGGAGAGUGGUCUGGGGGGUGUCUAUCCUCAGGCAGGCACGGCAGGAGGAAUGAAGCUCGAGGCUGUCAUGGAGCAGCUGCAGCGCCAGCAGCAGGCCAGGCUGGAGAUGGAGCGCAAGGAGAGGCGGCUCCGCGAGGCCCACAUCAUGUACACCCAACAGGUAGCAGCGCAGCAGGCCAUCCUAGCUGCGGCUAGGGCCUCUGGAGCUGGCUUCAUGGGCAAGGCACUGGUUGGAGGUGGUUCAGGGAUACCCAGAGGAGGCCCACUGUCCCGGGUCUCUAACCAGAGCAGUGUGGACUCAGAGAGGGAGGACGAGGAGGACAGAGGCCGGGAUUCAGGGGAUGAAGAUGACGAUGAGGAGAUGAUGGAUGGAGAUGAGGGGAGCGAGGAGGAAGAGGGAGGGGCUAGUGGUCUUGAGUACCUCCGCAAGCAGACACUGGCUCUUCAACAGGGUGCCUCCCACCUCCCAGCGAAUCCAUUUGGUAGUUACUCUACCUCGGGCCCCCAGAAUGCCCCAUUGCCACCCGUUAGGGUGAAGCAGGAGCCUGACGAGAGCCGCUCUCCUGCAGGGCCCCACUCUGCCUCCUCCCCCAACGGGCAGGCCGACUGGAAUAGCUUUGAUGAUCAAUUAAAACAGAAUGGGAGCGCUGCUUGGGCUGAUGAGAAUGACAGUGGAAGAGGAAGAGGAGGAGAGGCCUCCAGAGACUUUGCUAAGCUGUAUGAGCUUGACAGUGACCCCAACAGAAAGGAGUUCCUGGAUGACCUGUUCACCUACAUGCAGAAACGAGGAACUCCAGUGAACCGCAUCCCCAUCAUGGCCAAGCAGGUUCUGGACCUGUACAUGCUUUACAAGCUGGUGACGGAGAAGGGCGGCCUGGUGGAGGUCAUCAACAAGAAGAUCUGGAGAGAGAUCACCAAGGGCCUCAGUCUGCCCACCUCUAUCACCUCUGCUGCCUUCACCCUUCGCACACAGUACAUGAAGUACCUGUAUCCCUUUGAGUGUGAGAGGAAAGGUCUAAGUUCGCCAGGCGAGCUUCAGGCGGCCAUCGACAGUAACCGCCGGGAGGGCCGUCGCCCUAGCUACAGCAGCAGCCUCUUCCGCUUCUCCCCCAGCACAGCCCCUCACAUCCUCUCCCCUCCCAAGAUGCACCUGUCUGCACUGGGGGCGGGGGCCGCUGGGAGCCUCAACGGCCUGCUGGCGUCACCCGUCCACACUCUCAAAAAAGAAGAGAUCACCCCCUCCGUGAUGGCAGCGGCUCGUGGUACCUCCAUGUCCCUGGCGCUGGGGCAGCAGCAGGUGUCAGGGCUGGCCCGGGCUGCCACUCUGGAGCAGCUGAGGGAGAAGCUGGAGACUGGUGAGGGCCCUGAGAGGAAGAUGGCACGCCUGGCAGAGGAGCAGCAGCGUCUGAUGCAGCAGGCCUUCCAACACAACCUGCUUGUCAUGGCCUCGCAGGUCCCCAUGAACCUGCGCCUGGGCAACAGCACCACCGCUAGAGUGGGUUAUGCAGAUGUAUGCUGCAAGACACCCACAAGGAAAUAUGAGAAGCAGCAGGACAUGGCUCUGAGCAUCUCCACCAAUGGAUCUGCUAGCAUCAGUGUGUCUGUGGAGGUCAACGGCACACUCUAUUCAGGAACCCUGUUUGCACAGAAGUCAGGCGCACCAGGUACUAGCGUGUCCACUGCGGCCACAGUGCCCCCUGUUGGACCCAGCGCUGGGUUUGGGUUCGCCACCUCUGCUCACAGCCACAGUCCAAGCUCCUCCUCUUCCAAGGGGCCUUGCUCGGCCGAGCCCUCCUCCAGUGGCUCACCUUAGCUCAGGCCGCCCUACCACCCACUCUCCAGGCUUUUCCUCACCACCGAGGCCUAGCAUGAAUACAGUACAUUGAUAAAUCGACAAGAAAAAACUGUUGCACAACAAAUACCUCAUCGUUCCUGUCAACCUUGGCUACCCAUUUAUGAAUACACAAUUCACACACCCAAUUACAUCUCAAGAAAACAUGCACCCACACACACACCUAUGCAUUUUACACACUCGACACACAUGUGCACAAACACACAUGCAUUUCAGACACCCAGCACACAGAGACUCUUAUACCAAAUGCAUGCUAAACACAAUCAAAUCACUCAGCCAAAACCCACUGACAGGUGUUCACAACUGAACUUGAAGAGUUUUAUUUUAUGAUUUUGUUUGUUGCCGUUUGUUUUUUUUUUGUUUUGUUUUUUGAAACAUUAUUAUUUUUUUAGUUAUCUUUUUACAUACCUAAAAUCAAGUAACCUGCAGUGGUAUCUUUACCUCAGGAGCUGUAGUAUACUUCACCUGAAUUAACUUUAUUUUUGUAUCCUUUUUGAUCUUGUUGAAAUCAGGGGAAUUUUGGGGAAUUUCACAACGGAACCUCACUCACCUCAGCACACCUCCUACGCAUUUAUACAGUAGCUCUAUCACAACGCUCGAGUUGCCAUGACGACGGUCCGUAGCCUUUUUACUUCUGAGUGCACUACAUUAUUGAUCCUACAGAUCGCCAUGUAAUACCUCGUAUACAGUAGUCACUCCCACAAUCAAUACCAGGGAGUCACCCACUCAUUUAGCCUAUUUGGAAUGAUGUACUUAAUCUUCAAUCUAACUCAAGAUACAGAUGGUGCUUGUGUCUAAAAGGCUUUGAGGAUCAGAAUUAGCUCUGGACAUUUUAUCACACACAAUGUGAUGUUAUAAGAACCGACUGAUCCGCCGAUCUGUUUAGGACUAGCAAGCUCCAAACUCACCACCCCGCAUCUAUCUAUCUAAUAAUCAGAAAGGUGGUGAAGGUGUUCUGGUCCCUGCUCUGGGAUCAGUGUGUGUCCCUAGUUCAAUUCAACAGAGAGGAGAGACAUAUCCACCCAUCAAUGGUUUUCCUCCAACACUGACAGACCAGAAGUGUUUUAACCACAUACCUUUUCAAACCUCAUAUUCGCCUCUCCGUUUGGGAGAGGGGCCUUUCUCAGGAAGCAUUGUGAAGUCUCUUAUUAUGGACUCGCUUUGUCAUUUUAAAAAAAGGAUCCCACCGAAAGAAUGCGCAAGUCUAACAAACUGUCUUCAAAGAAUACCUCAGACUCUCUAGAAGGAGACGUACACUACAUACCUCAUUGCUGAAAGCCAGCGUGACUUGACCUGGGUGUUUGAGUCCCUGUGACGAGCAACGGUCCACAGGAGUGGACUCCUCCGGAAUGCUGGACUACAAACGUAGAGACUUGACUGCUGGAUUUUCUUGGGGGCACAUUAUUAUACCAAGCUGAACUGGGAUGUGCUUGCUCUCCUCUGGUUUUCUCUGGCUUCCUGCAUUUUAUGAGACUAAAUCUAUUUAAGAGUAUUGCUCUGCAUGUGUACAAUCAGGUGGCCAGUUUUUUACACCGUAAUCCUCUGGUGUGUGGUAGCCUCUGGUCAGUGCACAGCUGAAUACCAAAGACUAGCCCUGUUCCCUGCCCAGGCUGUUGUGUGCUAGCUGCUGUGGGUUAGCCGAAUAGGCUAGCUGAACCACUAGGUAGGAUACAGUGGGGUAAAGGAUGGGUUUCAUAAUAGCCCAUCUUCUAUAGUCCCUGCUGUUAAAGUUGUCAGCUCUAGUUAUGUUGCUUUCCUUAUCUUAAUCAGACCUUUGCUUACCUGUGAUUGAGUCUUGGGACUGGUUUUGUUCUGCCUGGCAUGGCACACAUCACCUGACAUAUACCUCAGUGAGUUAUGCUGCAGUCGCACAGUGUAUGAUGCACAAAAAGCCCUUCGACCUAACCUCUACAUUGAAUAAGACUGAGAAAGGGUAGCUGUUUCUCCAACUGGUUUCUCUGUCUCAAUUCAAAGUUCAGGCCUCCCAAAUUCCUCCGACACAUCCACUGUUACAGUAUUUCCAUUCUCAUACUGUUCAGGUAAUUUCUCAGCAUUUUUAAUAGAACAUGAUUUGGAUUCAAUUAAUUUCUAGCAUUAUCUGUGUUGAAUGUGAGGCGUUUAACUGUUUCUAAACCUUUUACCCCCUUAUCUCUGAGGUGGGCAGCCUUGUUGCCUUCUUUUUUUAAAUUGAACCUUUAUUUAACUAGGCAAGUCGGUUAAGAACAAAUUCUUAUUUACAAUGACGGCCUAGGAACAGUGGGUUUAACUGCCUUGUUCAGGGGCAAAACAGAUUUUUAUCUUGUCAGCUCGGGCAUUCGAUCUAGCAACCUUUCGGUUACUGGCACAACGCUCUAACCACUAGGCUACCUGCUUCCCUAGUAAGCUGUGUUUUAGCUGUUAUUUGUUGGCUUUUGUGGCGCAGACCACCGGUCAGGAUUACAGGACCUCCACAACAUAUAUACAAUGACUGAAGAGAGACCUGCAAUCCCUCAAUGAAAUAUUAUGUCCACAUUUAAUAAAGGUGAAAGAUGUAGUUGCUGCCUUAAUCAGCUGUGAGAGAACAGUGAACCUUUCAUGACUCUGCUAGGAAUGACUGUUUUAUCUUCAAGCUUAAUCCUUUGAAGAGUAACCUAUUUCCAUGAUCUUUAUGAAUUCCGUCAGACAUUAAGGCAUUCAUCAUUCAUGUUAUUGGUUUCAAAACCAAGGUAUGCUAUUUAUUUGUGUUGAUUUUUCUUCUUCUGAUGGAUCGAGUUACCUUGAUCACUUAGGUGGUGUCACUAAAACCCUUUUUCGUUUCUCUCGCUGUUUUAAACAGAAAUGUCUGUUUUCUAUCCAAUCAGUCUAGUCAAUGACUGUCUGACAGUGUAGCCUUACAGCCUUUGCAUGAGAGAGGGAGCGUGUGUGAGAGCAAGUUCAGAAUAUGCUAGAGGGUGUGUAACAACCAUGUAACGCCAUGUAGGAGACUGCAGGUGGUGCUGUCCUCCAAGACCACACCAUGACAAGGGUGGGCAACAGGUUAGAACCACAUUCACUGGGAAUUCAGUUUACAGCUCAGGCUUAUGUGGGUUACAAUUGUGUGUCUGUGUGGGCUCUUGAAGACCUCUUACCUCAGGGCAUUGGGCUGCUGUCAUUGUUGCAUUUGGUAUUGAAGUUAUGCAAUUGGCAUGUAUACUGAGGGACACAUCCAAAUGCAAAUCUUGGACAACCUUAAAGCUGUCUCUAGUGACUUGCUAAAUGCCAUUUUAGAUUGGUUCGGUUUUUGUUGCUUUUUGAUUUGUCAUCAGUUACAGGCAAGGAGGUCACAUCACUCAGGAAACUGUGAAGUUGAAAGUCUGCAGAACCUUGUCCCUGGAUGGUUUGGAUUUUAUUAGAUUAUCAAUUGUUUAAAUCUAACCUGAUCUGUGUAAUACAAGUGCAUAUGUAAGUGGUUAUUGAAUACCUCAUUUAUCAAUUCUGUUGUUUUUGGCUUGUAUAAUGCUCCGUAUAUACAUCUGUGGGGUUUGUGCAUAUUUUUGUACGGUUGUUAUCAUGUCCAUAAUAAUAACAUUACUGAUGUUAUAGUUUUCUCUUUUGAUUAAAACAAAAUUGGGAUGUGAAUGCUUGUAAAACUGGUUUGUGCUGAUUGUAUUUAAAAGAGGAGCACUUUUCCAAAGUGAUUGACACAUUCAGUUUUGUUCAUAUUAGUAAUAUAAAGAUAUGGUUCUCAGGGCUUUAAACUUGUAUGUCAUGAUAAAGUUUUACUUUAUAUCUU